CGAGCAGGGCCGGAGCAGCCUGUCAACAGUGAAGGCUCGGAAGUCGGAUCCAGGAUUGGAGCAGCUUGCGAGUCCUGAGCCAAUUGGAGGCUACAGCAAGCUCACAACCUCAGCAUUGCAUUCAUUUCCAUUUCGUGGUUGCGGACAGAAAAGCUGUUUUGCAAAAGCUGCGCAGCGCACAAGUAACGAAGCUUGGGGCAUUUCUUUGCACUUGCAUUUUGCUAGGCCUUUGAAGCGUGCUCUGGCGUCAUUGCAUUGAGAUCUGGGAAUCUUACAACUUCCUUCAAUCCUACCUCCGAAGAGGAGGAGGUACUGCAACUACUACGAGAAUGAGAGAAUGCAUCUCGAUCCACAUCGGGCAGGCGGGUAUCCAGGUCGGCAAUGCCUGCUGGGAGUUGUACUGUUUGGAGCAUGGCAUCCAGCCAGACGGUCAGGUGCCAGCCGAGAGGGCCAGCGGCGACGAUGCCUUCACCACCUUCUUCAGUGAGACUGGAGCCGGCAAGCAUGUCCCCAGGGCUGUUUUUGUGGAUCUAGAGCCCAGUGUGAUUGAUGAGGUGCGGACGGGCACCUACCGGCAGCUAUUCCAUCCCGAGCAACUCAUCAGCGGCAAGGAGGAUGCAGCCAACAACUUUGCGAGGGGCCACUACACAGUCGGCAAGGAGAUUGUCGACCAGAUUUUGGACCGGACACGGAAGCUGGCAGACAACUGCACGGGCCUGCAAGGCUUCUUGGUGUUCAACGCUGUUGGUGGUGGCACAGGGUCUGGCUUGGGGUCCCUUCUGUUGGAGCGGUUGAGCGUGGACUAUGGCAAGAAGCCCAAGCUGGGGUUCACCAUCUUCCCCUCUCCCCAGGUAUCGACGGCCGUGGUUGAGCCUUACAACAGCGUGCUGAGCACGCACGCCCUGCUGGAGCACAUGGACGUGUGCGCGCUGCUGGACAACGAGGCCAUCUACGACAUCUGCCGGCGCUCGCUCGACAUCGAGCGGCCGUCCUACGUCAACCUCAACCGCCUCAUCUCCCAGGUCAUCUCCUCUCUGACCGCGUCCCUCCGCUUCGACGGCGCCCUCAACGUGGACCUGACCGAGUUCCAAACCAACCUGGUCCCUUACCCCCGCAUCCACUUCAUGCUCUCCUCCUACGCCCCCGUCAUCAGCGCCGAGAAGGCGUACCACGAGCAGCUGAGCGUGAGCGAGAUCACCAACAGCGUGUUCGAGCCCGCCAACAUGAUGGCCAAGUGCGACCCGCGCCACGGCAAGUACAUGGCCUGCUGCCUCAUGUACCGCGGCGACGUGGUGCCCAAGGACGUGAACGCGGCGGUUGCCGGCAUGAAGACCAAGAAGACGAUCCAAUUCGUCGACUGGUGCCCCACCGGCUUCAAGUGCGGCCUCAACUACCAGCCGCCGACUGUUGUGCCCGGAGGAGACCUCGCCAAGGUGCAGCGCGCGGUGUGCAUGAUCUCCAACUCGACGGCGGUCGCGGAGGUGUUUAGCCGGAUCGACCACAAGUUCGACCUCAUGUACUCCAAGAGGGCCUUCGUGCACUGGUUCGUUGGUGAGGGCAUGGAGGAGGGCGAGUUCUCUGAGGCCCGCGAGGACCUCGAGAAGGACUACGACGAGGUCGGCGCGGACAGCACGGAUGCGGCGGGCGAGGAUGAUGGCGAAGAGUAUUGAGAACAUUUGCGUCACUGAGGCUUUCCAUAGGUACCGCUGGGACUGUCAGGACAUUGUAGGUGACUGGUCUUGCGUGCGUUUUGUAAGAUGAGGACGAGGUUCGAGCGCCAUUUCAGCUUAAACGAAUUACUUGGGGCGUCAUUGUUGACAUUGCAGCGCGGUGUCUGGCCAGAGUCUGUAAUUUAGGCUUCAGGAGAGCAGGUUGUGAACUUACCAUUUCUUGGGCAGAAUGGAGCGGCCGAUCUGCCUUAUGUUGACUGCUUACAAAGAAGGACGUACAUGCAAGCGCUUUGACCUUAUGCUGAAGAUUCGAAAGCCGAUCGGUUAUCCUCUUGCAAGUUUUAGUUCCAGGCAACUUUCAUUCGCCAUGUUCACAGGGCACCAGUAU